GUCGUGCUCCACUAAUAAGUGUUCAAACGCCUACAGUACGCCUAAUACAGAAGUCGUGCUCCUUUUGGCUGCGCAUUGAAAAUACUUGAAAAAAAAAGAAAAGCAAAGCAAAAUGUCAGACUUGAAAAAAAUGGCUAAAGUAGGAAUCGUUGGCAGCGGCUUGAUUGGACGAUCGUGGUCCAUGCUGUUCGCCUCGGUUGGCUACCAGGUGGUACUCUAUGACAUCCUGCCGGAGCAAGUGCAAGCCGCCUUGAAGGCAACGCAGAAGGAGCUGGCCGACCUGGAGUCGAAGGGCUUGCUGCGUGGCAAAUUGAAUGCUGUGCAACAAUUCAGCUGCAUCUCGGGCACCAACGACAUCAAGGAAUUGGCCAAGGGCGCCAUCUUCAUACAGGAGUGCAUACCAGAGAAGUUGGAAUGGAAGCAGGAGCUGUUCAAGAAACUGGACGAUGUGGUCGACAGCAACACAAUCUUAUCUAGUUCAACCAGCACAUUCCUGCCCUCCCUGUUUACCGCAAACCUAAAGCACAAACAUAAUACCGUUGUCUCCCAUCCAGUUAAUCCGCCCUACUACGUGCCGCUGGUGGAAAUUGUGCCAGCACCCUGGACUAAGCCAGAGGUCGUGAAAAAGACACGCGAACUGAUGGACGAAAUCGGCCAGAAACCCGUCACACUAUCUCGUGAGAUUGAGGGCUUUGCCCUUAAUCGCAUUCAAUAUGCCAUUCUAAACGAAACGUGGCGUCUGGUCGAGGCAGGCAUUCUCAAUGUCAAAGAUAUUGAUAGCGUCAUGAGCGAUGGCCUGGGCAUGCGUUACGCCUUCUUGGGCCCACUGGAGACGGCGCAUCUGAAUGCUGAGGGCAUGGCGAACUACUUUGAGCGAUACUCGAAGACGAUUUAUGACGUCAGCGAAACCAUGGGCAAGACACCCAAAAUGGAGGGACCCACGGCUGACAGCAUCUCCAAGCAGCUGAACGAGAUGGUGCCCCUGGACAAGCUGGUGGAACGACGUACGUAUCGAGACAACUGUCUGACCCAUCUCAGCAUCUUGAAGAAUAAGAUCAAUAACAAAUAAACGAAGGCAUUUUAUCAAUUUAAUUCAA